AUGCUUCAGACCCACUGUGGAGCCUCCGGACCCACUGUGAGCCUCCGGACCAACUGUGGAGCCUCCGGACCCACUAUGGAGCCUCCGGACCCACUGUGGAGCCUCCGGACCCACUAUGGAGCCUCCGGACCCGCUAUGGAGCCUCCGGACCCACUGUGGAGCCUCCGGACCUACUGUGGAGCCUCCGGACCCACUGUGGAGGUUCCGGACCCACUGUGGAGCCUCCAGACCCACUGUGGAGCCUCCGGACCCACUAUGGAGCUCAGGACCCACCAUGGAGCCCCGGACCCACUAUGGAGCCCCGGACCCACUAUGGAGCCUCCGGACCCACUGUGGAGCCUCCGGACCCACUAUGGAGCCUCCGGGCCCACUAUGGAGCCCCGGACCCAUUAUGGAGCCCCGGACCCACUAUGGAGCCUCCGGACCCACUGUGGAGCCUCCGGACCCACUAUGGAGCCUCCGGACCCACUAUGGAUCCCCGGACCCACUAUGGAGCCCCGGACCCACUAUGGAGCCUCCGGACCCACUAUGGAGCCUCCAGACCCACUGUGGAGCCUCCGGACCCACUAUGGAGGCUCCAGACCCACUGUGGAGCCUCCGGACCCACUAUGGAGCCUCCGGACCCACUAUGGAGCUUCCGGACCCACUAUGGAGCCCCGGACCCACUAUGGAGCCCCGGACCCACUAUGGAGCCCCGGACCCACUAUGGAGUCCCGGACCCACUAUGGAGCCCCGGACCCACUAUGGAGCCCCGGACCCACUAUGGAGCCCCGGACACACUAUGGAGCCCCGAACACACUAUGGAGCCCAGAACCCACUAUGGAGCCCCGGACCCACUAUUGA